GCCUCGCCUCCAUCAUCACUAUCCUCUCCGGCUGCUCUCGCUUCUCCGGAAACCCUAGCGAUACAAUCGAUCUUUCUGCUCUUUUCGCUCCGCUCUACCCAAAACCGUGGAGGAAGCAAGCAGUUAUUCUGCUUUCAACUGCAAAUUUUCCGACAGUUGUACAACUUCAUCUCUAAUGAACCUUAAAUUGUGAAAGAAGUGCUAAUCAGAAGAGCAGAGGGAGCCUUAAAGAGAAUAUAAGAAGCAAAGGAAUUCAAAGAACAGAUGAUGAGGGAGCUUCAAGUUUCACUGAAUCAAACACAAAAGGUGAGGUUGCAAGCUGCUCUCCAACAUCUAUCCGAUCUUGCUUCUCAAGCGUCUUCAUCCACCCUCGUAGUCACUGUCUCAGACACGAUCCCGGUUAACGGUGAAGAUGGCAUUCUCAAGGGCCAUGGGACUUCGGAGCUUGAUGGAAAAGUGGUGGCUACCCUUUGUGGUGUUGUUGAACGAGUAAACAAGCUGGUUUAUGUUCGGACAUUAAGGGCCAGGUACAAGCCAGAGGUUGGUGACAUAAUUGUUGGCAGGGUCAUUGAGAUUGCUCCAAAACGCUGGAAGCUCGAGAUUAACUUUAGUCAGAAUGCAGUUCUCAUGCUUCAAUCAAUGAACUUACCAGAUGGUAUCCAGAGACGGAGGAAUGCUGUUGAUGAACUCAACAUGCGCAGCAUCUUUGAGGAGAAUGAUGUCGUUUGUGCCGAAGUACGUGGUUUCCAGCAUGAUGGAAGCUUGCAUUUGCAGGCAAGAAGUCAGAAGUACGGAAAGCUUGAAAGGGGUCAACUGCUUAGAGUUCCGGCAUAUUUAGUGAAACGCCGCAAGCAGCAUUUCCAUGAUCUCGAACAAUAUGGUGUCGAUUUGAUACUUGGAUGCAAUGGCUUCAUUUGGGUAGGCGAGCAUGCCGCGCCCAGAGUGAAUGACAUGGUGGUCGAUGAAGAAGAUAGCAUGGUGAAAGAUAAAGAGCAGCAUUAUGAAACUCCACUUGAAAUCAGACAGCAUAUUUGCAGGAUUGCCAAUUCUGUGCGUUUGCUCGCUGCGUUGGGCUUCGCGCUCUCCGUCGAAGCUAUCAUCGAUACCACCGAAGCAAGCAAAUCUUCCAAUGUAGAGAUAAAGGACAUGCUUGGUUCUGAGUUUUAUGUGCAGACUGCUGAAAGAGAGGUGCAGAGGAGGAUUUCUAUUUUGAAGAAGAAGAGGGGAUGAUUUUGUAACUGCUUAAGGAUGUAUAAGGUGAAAUUUGACAUUUUUACGAUUGUUAUUCAGUGUUGAAUUUUUAC